UUUCCGGGCAUGUCUCGCCUUGUUCGGAUGGCAAAGCACUGAAUUCAGGGAGAGACAAAUGCGUGAGUGAAACAGUGAAGGAGUUUACCGCGUAGGGAACGAGGAGAAAUGUAAAAAACAACGUUUGAAAGGAAAGCCGAACGUUUCUCCCGCCUGAUGGCACGGGAAGCAGUUUCCCCUUGGAGUGGGUGUGGCUGGCGCAUGCGCAUUCCCUGACCCUUUCACGUGUGGGUUGCCCGCCGAGAGCAGGGGGAGCGCGAACCGGGGCAAAGGCAGGAACCGAGAGAGAGGAAAGCUUGGAAGCAGCCGGCAUGGCAGGACAGGCAUUUAAAAAAUUUCUUCCUCUUUUUGACCGAGUACUGGUCGAAAGAUGUGUGGCUGAGACAGUAACUAAAGGGGGAAUCAUGAUUCCAGAAAAAUCUCAAGGAAAGGUGCUACAAGCCACUGUUGUGGCAGUUGGAUCAGGUUCAAAAAACAAGGAUUUUUAUAAUUGGCCUGAUGAAUCAUUUGAAGAGAUGGAUAGCACAUUGGCAGUUCAACAGUAUAUCCAACAAAAUAUAAGGGCAGACUGUUCAAAUAUUGAUAAAAUUCUUGAACCUCCAGAAGGACAGGACGAAGGUGUUUGGAAAUAUGAACAUUUAAGGCAAUUCUGUUUGGAGCUAAAUGGUCUUGCAGUUAAACUUCAGAGUGAAUGCCACCCAGACACAUGCACACAGAUGACAGCAACUGAACAAUGGAUUUUUCUUUGUGCAGCCCAUAAAACUCCCAAAGAGUGUCCUGCCAUUGACUACACUAGACAUACACUGGAUGGUGCUGCAUGUCUUCUGAAUAGCAAUAAAUAUUUCCCCAGCAGGGUUAGUAUAAAGGAAUCAUCUGUAGCCAAACUAGGAUCAGUUUGCCGUAGGAUUUACAGAAUAUUUUCACAUGCAUAUUUUCAUCAUCGUCAAAUAUUUGAUGAAUAUGAAAAUGAGACUUUCUUAUGUCAUCGGUUUACCAAAUUUGUGAUGAAAUAUAACUUGAUGUCCAAGGAUAACCUGAUCGUACCAAUUUUAGAAGAGGAAGUGCAGAAUUCAGUUUCUGGUGAAAGUGAGGCAUGAGGAGUUUCGGGGACUGAAAUGAACACAUAAUUAACAUUGUGUACUGUAUAUAUAAUUUUAGAAAUUUCAAUCAUGUAUCCUUAGAGCGUUGUUUAGUAUACUUUUUGUAUGCUGUGUGCGUUGCCUCUUAAUAUGGGAUAUGGUUUUAAGUUAUUCAUGAGCUGUAUAUUCAAUGUGGCACUCAUGGUUUUUAAAUAAAAUUAGAAUUAUCUGUUUAUACUGCCUGUUAAUAAAUGAAUUUACAGUUCUGUAAAAUUGCUGCUAAACAAUCAUUGGAUCUUAGUCUUCAAACAAUGUCCAGUUUAAACCUGAGCUUUUCAUUCUAAUGAAGUUGGAAUUUAGCCUUAGUUUGACACUUCAGAAGCUUGCAAGUCCAUUUCAUUUCUUUCUAACUUUUGUAUUUUAUGGAAAUGAUCCUUAUUUAGUUUUGCUUUUGGCUGUAUGCAUAUAUAGAACUAACCUGUUACAGUACAUGUGUAUUGAAAUAUUUGUUACUGCAGUAUUAAUACCAAAUGAUAGCUUUUAUUAUGCUGCCUAAAGUAUAUUCUAGAACUUUUGGUUUCUUUCUGGACUUGCCUUGCUGUAUCAAUGGAGGCUUCUGCAUAUCCAUAAAUAGUUAUAUGUCCAAUCCCUUUAAGGCAAAGAUUCCCUAGCUGAACUUCUCGCCAGUGGAUGAAACAGUGUGUGCUUUCUCCUGGCCUACAGUAAAGUUCUCUGUGGCUUAUACUUGUGCAUAUUUAUAGUAAUUGCUUACAGACUAUACCUCGCAUUAAACAUUUAUGUUAACACUA